GAAGUUUACAUGGACCAGAGUCAGAUAAGACUUCACAGAUGAGGUGGGACGUGAAGGAUGGUUAGGAUUGGAGUAGCGAUUGAAGGAGAGCAGGGCCACAUUCCUAGCUUUUAGAACUGUGUGGGUAAGGGCUUGGAGGUGAAAACAAAUGCCUGGCUUGUUUGGGAGAUGAUGCCAGGAAUGGAAUGUUUAUCUGGAAGGAAUGAGAGAAAAACAAAACAAGUAAGUAAAUUGAGCCUUAUUAUAAAGAUUCUGGGAUUCCAGGAUGAAAAUCGAAGUUGAUUUAAUUGUCUGGAGAGUCACUGCAAAUUUUUGAAGUGGGAAUGAGAUGAUAUGUUCCUUCAUUUCUUCUAUAGUUUGUGGUAGUUGUGUCCAUCUGUUUUUCUCUUGAAAGAUUCAUUCAGUCAUUCUGAUGACUAUGUACCUUGCUCUGGUGGGUUCUCAGUGUUAGCUAUACUUUGUUAAACUGUUUUCUCUCCUUAAUAUCUUUGGAUGUAACUUCACAUAUGUAUUAAAAAAUCAGAUGUUACCCAGGACUUGCAGCAUCAAUUAAGCUUUCUAAUUGCCCACUGCUGUGCUUAGAGCAUAAUAGCUUAUAAGGUGAGAAAAAACACUUACACACGAAAAACAAACAGGAUAGGACAUGAUCCUUGCUCCUAGGGCUUAAGGAAUGUGACAAAGGAGCACUUACUGCAUUUUCACUUUGGAGGAAUAGGUGGUGAUUUGUUCUUCUAUCCCUUGUUUUCUUUAACCUGAAGUUAGGUCUAGAGCUGUGCUGCCCGAUAAUUUAGCCACUAACCGCAUGUGUCUAUAGAGCACUUGAAAUGUGGCUAGUCUGAAUUGAGGUGUGCUGUAAAAGUGUAGAAUACACUUCAGAUUUCAAAGACUUCGUAUGACAAGGAGAGUAUAAAAUAUCUCAAUAAUUUUCUUUUAUGUUGAUUACAUGUUAAAAUAAUAUUUUGAGUAAAUUAGGUUAAAGUAUAUUGAAAUUAAUUUCAUCUGUUUCUUUUUACUUUUUUUAAACAUGGCUACUAGAAAAUUUAAAAUUGCAUGUGUGGCUCACAUUAUAUUUCUGUUGGACAGUGUGGUCUAGAGACAGAAUGGAAUUUUGGUUAAAUGUUACUUUCUAUUGUAUCAUAUCAAGAGGUACAUAAUAUCACUUUGUCCUGCUCUUAGUGAUACUAAAUUUGAUAAUUUCCAAAACUCUCCAUUUUAAAGAUACAUUUUGAUCACUUCCAGAACUUUCCAUUAUAAAGAUAUAUAUAUGUAAAUCACUUCCAGAGCUUUUGUUGUAAAGAUGCUUUUUAUAAAAAUGGCUCAGAACUUUCCAUUGUAAAGAUACCUUUUGAGAAUUUCUGGAACUCUCCAGAGUUAAGAUACAUUAUUUCUUUUGCACCUAGAAAUCUGUGGAGUGAUAUUUUGACACCUUGGGAAUGUCCUGUUCCCAAUCUUUUAUACCUAAUGGUUUUAGUACCCCUUGAAGAUCCUUUCCUGAACAAGUUAUGUUGGGGGCUAUGCAAAAUUGUGGUUUUUUAAUACUAUCAUUUGUUUUUCAAAAAUAGUUGUCAUUCUUCUUUAAAGAAGAACAUCCCUUUUUCUUCUUUCUCUUUUUCAUGUAUUUUAUUUUUAGGUGAAAGAGCUAUGUGGCAUGUGGAUUAAUCAUUUCAUAUAAUAAAUGUUUGACUAGAAAAGUUGGGUACAAAUGAAAUUUUAAAAUAGGGAAUCAGCUUACAUGUACCAUGGUUCUUCACUCUUCAAAGGAAUCUUAUUGUAAAUCUUUUUGCAAACUAGUAAUCACCUCUUAAUUUCUAUUAUUUUAUAAGCUUGAAUUUUCAUAUAUAGACGAAUUCUUCAACAAUUGAAUACUUAUUAAGUUUCAGACACUGUGUUAAGCACGUGGAAUCGAGUGGUGAGCAGAAGAAACAUGGCUGUCCUUCAUGUAGGACGCAUUCUUAGAGUUAAGACAGUGAGAGUUGUCCAGAACCCAGUGAGUGAAGGCAAUUAUGCAGCUAUAGCCAAAGAAUCUUGAUUUGGGAGGUAUUAUAUAGGCUUUUGCUAACAACCCUGCUCAAGUAAAUGCUUUGAAGUUCAGAACCCUAAACAGUCAUUCUCUAUGGGUCUGAUGAGAAUAUGUGGUAUAGUUGACAGUUUCCUUCUGUUGUCUUUCUAAGGUAACACUGAAUUAUGAUGACUGAUCCCUUCCCUCAAUGUGCAAUUUUUUUCUAAUGUUUUUUCCUCUAACGACAUUUUCCCAGCGUUUCUGGGGUCCAUACCUCCCUCUGUAAGGCGUGCCCUAGAGGCAUACUUCAGAGGCUUCUAAUACCCUGAAGAUUCAGAGCAGUAGGGAGGCAAUCACCAGCCAAGCCCUGCUUUGGUCACUGGAUUCUGUUCGGGCUGGGUAGGAAAGAAGCAGCAUCACAUUCCUGGCAUGAUCAAUGAAGUCCAUGGAAGAGAAGGAGAUUGCUAGAAGUUCUAAAAAGCCCGAGAGGCUUGGGACAGCCUGGUAUAGCUCAAACUUUCGGAGACCAUUUGCAUGGGAUGGAUUCAAGCACAACAUCUGGGCUGAAAAAGCUUUCUGUCCCUGCUUCAGGUUAGUUCUGGGACUCAUCAUCUUGCUGAAUUGGACCAUCAGGCCUGGGGAUGACAAGAGGCCCCCACUACUUCUCAGCUACAUGGCAUGGCAGAAAUCUGUAGCCUUUAAAUCUGUAGGCUUUUGAGUCCCCUGGGAAAAGGUCAAGUGACACUUAGCUAGAGUGUUUACUAGAGGUAUCUCCUAAAGCAAAGGGAUUUUCCCACCAAAGAUAAGAUCCUUUUUUUAACUUACACUGUAUCUUCGGCAGUCUCUUCCUUCAGAUUAGUAAGAUUGACAUGCCCACAGUUAGAUGUGUACCUGAUUUUAAAGAAAUAAGAUGUCUGUCAGUUACACUGCUGUGACCUCAGGUUCCAGAAUAUUAGGCAACAUUCUUUAGAAGAGAUGUUUCACUUUGGAUUGAACCUAAAUUUAGAAUCAGUCGGCUUAUUGUCAAAGGGAAAAGGAUAGUCCCAGUGACAAGAAAACACCUCUCACUAUGAAUUGGUUUCGAAAUUACUUGUCUAAAUUUCCUGAGGAUGUUUCCUUACUCAACAUACAUUCACCUCUGUUGCUUUCACUCAUAGCAUCUGAAGAUGAACAACAUUUUAUUUCCAACAUGAGGAGCCAUGUGCCAGCCCCGGCUGUGGUGAAGCAGCCUGUCCGGGGAGCCAGUGGCAGGACUACAAUCACAACAGUUGUCCAGACUGGUGGGGACUGGAGCACCGGCCUCUUCAGUGUCUGCAGAGAUAGGAGAAUUUGUUUCUGUGGUCUGUUUUGUCCACUGUGUCUUGAGUGUGACAUCGCCAGGCAUUAUGGAGAAUGUCUUUGUUGGCCAUUGUUACCUGGGUCCACCUUUGCACUGAGAAUUGGCACCAGAGAGAGACAUAAAAUACGGGGCACACUGUGCGAGGACUGGCUGGCGGUGCACUGCUGUUGGCCUUUUUCCAUCUGUCAGGUGGCCCGGGAACUCAAAAUGAGGACCUCCCAACUCUACGAAAUCUAUGCAGCCCCUUCAACUAAGGACACCUUUACUUGACAGAGCCAGAAAACUUCUCAUCUCCCAAGCCCUUCUCUCAAAUUCCUCUUAGUAGAGAGAUUGUUCUUCUUCUUACAUUUUUACUGAAAUAGUAUGAAAAUAAAUGCUUGUCCCCCCGCUGUCUUUACCAGUGUUCUUUCUUUACAUAUGCCCCCAAUGAAGAAAGACUCUGUCAUUCGUCUGGAUUUGUUAUUCCAGUUCAGCCACGUAAGGCAGGUUCUAGAGGUGAGUUUUGGAAGGUUGCAUUCCCAAAACUUCCAAAACCUCCUGCCUGGAGUUUUGGAAGGUUGCAUCUUUUUGCAUCUUCCUACUGCCAUCCUUUCAUGAGGGUGUCUGGAAAGCUGGAAGCAUUGUUAUAUGGCUUUCUUAUGCUAAGCUCCAUUUCCAAAAGUACCAGUGAUGGUGCAGGAGAUGGUUAAUUUUAGUUAGAACCUGGACUGGGCACUAAUGUCACUGAAACACAGAAGCACUGUCCUUCCCUUGUCCUGACUCCUGCAGUCCUGGAUGCAUAAAAAAGAAAGCCUCGGGUUGCUGCUCAUCUUGCACUUGCACAUCUUCAGCCCCAGCCUCAGAGCCUUAGGUAGGCAACUGUUAUGGGUUGAAUUAUGUCCCCUCUUUCCCCUCAAAAGAUAUGUUAAAGUCCUAACUUCUGGUAUCUGUGAAUGUGACCUUAUUUGGAAACAGGGUCUUGGAGAUGUAAUUAAGUUAAGAUGAGGUCAUUAAAGUGGGACCUAAUCCAAUAUGACUGUUGCCCUUAUAAGAAGAGGAAAAGAGACACGGAGACAGAGACACACACAGGGAAGAUGGCCACAUGUAGAUGGAGGCAGAGAUUGGAGUGGUGCUGCCACAAGUUAAGGAAUGCCCGGGGCUGCCAGAAGCUGGAAGAGGCAAGGGAGGAUCCUCCCCUGGAGGUUCUGGAGGGAGCAUCGCCCUGCCAACAUCUUGAUUUUGGACUUCUAGCCUCUAGAACUAUGGGAGAAUAAGUUUCUGCUGUUUAAGCCACCUAAUUUGUGGUACUUUGUUACAGCUGCCCUAGGAAGCUAAUACACCAACCACCUACCAUGUGACUCGAGUACUCUUGUUUUUGUUAGGGUGGCAGCACAGAGCAGUGCUGAGGAGCCUGGGUUCCGAAGCCUGAACUGCCUUCUUCAUAUUAAUUGUAUAACUACAGGCAAAUUUGCUAAUCUCUCUGUGCCUCAGUUUCCUCAUCUGUAAAAUGAUAGUACUAACCUCAUAGGGCUGUGAAGAUUCUAACCAGUCAAGACACUUAGCACAGUGGCUGGCAAGUAGCAAGGACUCAGUAUAUGUGAGCUAUUAUUACUAUGUUACUGUUACCUUAUGUUCAUAGCAAAUUAUAUAAUUUUCCAUUUA